CACAGUAAUUGCAAUCAAAGUGGACCAAUAGCUGGAUAUGCUGCUGCGUGUAUUGUUUGAUGGGGAGCAGAAGUAUGUUAGGCUGUCUGACCUAACAUUCGACUCUUUCAUGAAAGAAGUGUGCCUAAAAUUUAACAUACCGGAAGGCAUGCAACCAGACUUGAAGGUGUUUGACAAAUCCGACACAGAAGUUGAUGGAGAAGUCUUUGAAGAAAUAGUGAAUGAGUCACCUGGAACCUUCAAAGUCAUGUUGAGCAAAGAAGAACUAGAUGCCUCUCUAUCAUCAACAUCAUCAUCAUGCUCAGCAGCAUCUGACGAUACUAUCAUUCUGAACGUCACAAUGUGUGACCCUCCUGAAGAAGCAGCUGCUGUCGAAGGAAGUCAGCCUAAAAAGCCAUGCCACAUUAACUGUGGGGCGAAAGCGUUGAUUGAAAAAAUCCUUACAACAAAGCCUGGUGGUGAAAAAAUCAUGCAAGAGUAUGCAAAAAUAAAAUCACUGAAAGAUGGCACCAGAAGACAGAUGAUUAACAUUCUCACUGCUGAGAUGACACAAACACAUGGGACAUCCCCCCCCAAAAGUGUCAAAGUGUUGUAUGCGCAGGGGAUAGUUGCUCUAUUUCCAUAUCUGGAGGACCCAUAUUCACAGCAUGGAUAUGAACAUUACUACGACCCAGAGAGUGGGUCCGGAUACCUUGCAUGGCGGUUGAAAACAAUCCAACGAAAAAGUGCAGAGGAAAGAGGUGUGUCUGUGAGCAAAUCUCCCAAAAUUGGUGGGCCAAGCCGUGUUCAACCCAGACCCUUCACUGCUGACAAAGCGUUAUCUGAUGAGGAUGUGGAAGCAGCUAUUGCCGUUUUGAGACACUUUGCUGAUGAAGACACCAUCCGUGACAAGAUGAAAGCUACCUUCAUUUAUCGUCAGUCAAUGGUCAGCAAUGAGAAGAGAGCAGGGGAUGUGUUCUCAGUCUUCCCGAGAUUUCUAGACACACCUGGACUGAUAGAACAAGAUUUCAGACUGCUGUUUGGGGAGGCCACAGCCAACAAAUUCCUGGAAAAGUGGGCCACUAAUCUGAAAACAAAAGUGAAAACAGAAAGCCAUGGACUGGUACCGACCAGAGAGGUCUUGGAUUUAACGCGCAAUGCUGAGUCAACUGCUGAAAUUGAGAAUGGCUGGGACAGUGACAUGUCUGCUAUAUUGCUGCUCCUCCAUCUCCUACCACCAUCUGCACAGGGAAGGAAGAGGCCGGGGAAGGUGUCGGCAUGUCAGGCUGUGGAACACCUCAUCAGAUUCAUAAAAGCUGGAACCAGUGUACAGCAGCACCUGGAUAACAUCAGCCAAAGCAGCCAGCCCUACCUCCUCGCUCAGGGUCCUGCAAGAAGCAGCAUUCACACCUUCUUUAUUGUGAUUGACAAGUAUGCGCUUCCAUGUAAGGCAACAGGUUCAGUGGGAGCCCUAGACGAACUCUUUAAGGCCCAUUACGUCUUUGGUACCUCUUACAGCUCUUCCUUGGCCAACUUUUUCACUUUUCUCCAAACAACCAUUUACAACAUUGAUGUUGGGGAAACAAAGGAAACUCCCAGAGUUGCAGAGCUGCGGGCAAGAAUGGUGCGUUAGUGUCAACUAAUGAAGUGUUUUCUUUGCAAAAGUGACCAUGGGAGGCCAAACAGCCUUAUAAAGCACCUUAAGGUAAUUCAUGGUCUCUGCACUGGCCGGACUCUUCAUCUUAAAUGUGGCCAAGUUGGAUGUUCAUGUUCUUUUGGUAGCUUUUCAGGCUUUAGAAAGCAUCUGAACAAGUGCCAUGUAAGUGGUUCAUUUGAUUCUGUAGAAGAAAGUGAUUUUUCACCACACCAAAGUGUUGAGUGUAAUGCGACUGAUGUUGAUGUGUCGUCUGAACAUUUGGAGGGACAGUCCACCUUAACUUCAGCCCACCUUGUAAAUAGUUGUGCAGCAGUAAUUUCUGAUUUAAAGGCAGCAGGUGUAAGCCAAAGUGUAGUGAACUCUGUUGUGAUGUCCAUGGAAGAGAUUGUUCAAGAUAUCCAGCAGCAUGCCAAAGAAACUGUCAUUAAGCAUGUAUUUGGUGAUGAAAGAGAAACUGAAAUGUGCAAGAAAGUUGAAGCAUGUUUUGAGGAGUUAGAGAAUCCUUUCACAGUUCUUAAUUCAGAAUACAAACGAUCAAAAUUUUUAUCAGGCAAGUGGGAAACAGUGGAACCCAUUGAAUGUGUAAUUGGCUCAAGAUUUGACACAAGGAGAAAUAAAAAGACUGGAACAUAUGAUCAGACAGUCGUUCAAGAUAAAUUCAUGUAUGUUCCCAUUUUAUCUACAUUGGAGUCAAUAUUUAAAAGUCAGUAUGUUGCAGAAAUGUUGAAAAGCUCAGACACUGAUGACUCAAGACUCAGAGAUAUUCAUGAUGGAUCUUUUUUUAAGAC